CUUCGCUCCAACCUUAUCUCAUCUCUAAAACGCAGCUCCUCCACUCAUUUCUUCUUUUCUUUCUUCCUCUUACAUCCCAUCACCAAGAGAUUAGCCAUGCCGAGCAGCCGAGCACCACCACAACAGCUAGGAAGAUGGAAGAGCUUUGACGCCGGCCGUCGGCACCAACAGCCGGAGCUCCUCCGUUGCAUCGCAGGAGGCGGCAUAGUUGCAAAGCAGCGCCCAUUGAGGGGAGCCAUGGUGAGCACCACCACAGCAGCGGGGGAAACGGGAGGUGCUGCCGGCGAUACGAAACGGCGCUCGUUGACGAACGCCGGUGCUGCAACGCACCAACGCGUCGAUGGCCGCCAUACUCGAGCGACGGCGGGGGAGCUGCAAUGGAGCGCUCGACGCCGACGGCGGAGCUGCAAUGGAGAUGCUCGACGCAGGCGCGGAGCUGCAAUGGAGCGCCUGACACCGACGGCGGAGCUGCUCGACGCAGGCGGCGGAGCUGCAUUGGAGCGCUCGACGCAGGCGGCGGAGCUGCAAUGGGGCUGCAAGUCGUCGGCUACGGAGCUGCAAUGGAGCGCGUCGGGUCCCGGUGCUGCAUCGCUGCGCUUGCGGCUGGCUUGGUGCAGCGUCGCCGGCGCCUCUUUGGGGGGAGCCCAUUGCAGUGAAGCGCUGCUGCCACGCCUUGGGUCUACGGUGUUGCCAUGACCGGCGGCGGUAAUGCGUUUGCAAGGCGAGAAAUGACGCUGGGCCGAGCCUGGUGCUGCAAACGAGCGCGGCAUGGCGGCUACGACUACGAGCUAGUUCAGGGCCGCUCGCCGGAGCUUUUUUUUCGAAAGUACGCCAAUGAUGUAUCUUAGCUUUAUAGAAGACAGAAAGUUUAGUUACAAGACGCCAUUACAAGAUG